AUCCCUGAGAUCCUCUUAUAAAAAAAACAGUCUUUGCUGACCAGACAAAGCAUACCAGAUCUCACCAGAGAGUCCUAGGGGACUACAGAAGGAAAAAGACAAGAGGCAGUAGGGUAUCUGUGUGUCCUCCCGCUGACCACACUUCCUUUAGUGACCCCUGAUUGCCUCCUCAAGUCGCAGACACCAUGCUGCCUCCCAUGGCCCUGCCCAGUGUGUCCUGGAUGCUGCUUUCCUGCCUCAUGCUCCUGUGUCAGGUUCAAGGUGAAGAAACCCAGAAGGAACUGCCCUCUCCAUGGAUCAGCUGUCCCAAAGGCUCCAAGGCCUAUGGCUCCCACUGCUAUGCCUUGUUUUUGUCACCAAAAUCCUGGAUGGAUGCAGAUCUGGCUUGCCAGAAGCGGCCCUCUGGAAAACUGGUGUCUGUGCUCAGUGGGGCUGAGGGAUCCUUCGUGUCCUCCCUGGUGAGGAGCAUUAGUAACAGCUACUCAUACAUCUGGAUUGGGCUCCAUGACCCCACACAGGGCUCUGAGCCUGAUGGAGAUGUAUGGGAGUGGAGUAGCACUGAUGUGAUGAAUUACUUUGCAUGGGAGAAAAAUCCCUCCACCAUCUUAAACCCUGGCCACUGUGGGAGCCUGUCAAGAAGCACAGGAUUUCUGAAGUGGAAAGAUUAUAACUGUGAUGCAAAGUUACCCUAUGUCUGCAAGUUCAAGGACUAGGGCAGGUGGGAAGUCAGCAGCCUGAGCUUGGCGUGCAGCUCAUCAUGGACAUGAGACCAGUAUGAAGACUCACCCUGGAAGAGAAUAUUCUCCCCAAACUGCCCUACCUGACCACCUUGUCAUGAUCCUCCUUCUUUUUCCUUUUUCUUCACCUUCAUUUCAGGCUUUUCUCUGUCUUCCAUGUCCUGAGAUCUCAGAGAAUAAUAAUAAAAAUGUUACUUUAUA